GCGCCCAAGAUGAACACAUGGCACAGCCACCCCGCGCUGCAUGGUGGCGGGGGAUCUAGUGAUUCCGUACGGCAUCAGCCUCAACGAACAGCCACAAUGGAAGUCGUAAUCUCACUUCAAACCGGGUUAAUUUCUGACCGGGGGCUGUGACUGAACGGCGUAAUUACUUGUUCCCGUGUUUUCUCAGCUGGCGCUGGGCUCUUGGCGUAGCGGGGACAUCAUUGAAUCUUGGUGGGGCUCACCUUCUGGGCGAGUCAGCACUGCGCCUGCUCAGCCCUGCAGUGCCAGAUCACCUUAUCCAGUGGCCAAAUAUCCCACUAUAAAAGGCCUGGGAACCCCUCGUUCUGUCUUACCUUCGGUUCAUCUUACCAACACUCCACUUCCUUCCUCUAUCAACCUUACCAAUCUAUCAAUCAACUACCUCUACAACCCCAAUCCUCAUCAUAACCAUGUCUGGCUACGACGGAUACAACAACCAGGGCUACUACGGCCAGCAGGGUGGUUACGGCCAGGGCGGCUACGGCCAAGGUGGAUACGGCCAGCAGCAAGGAUACCCCCCGCAGCAAGGAUAUGGCCAGCAGGGUGGCUAUGAUCAGUACAGCCAGCACCAACACCAGCAGCACGGCGGCCAGGGUGGUGCCUCCAGCGACUACUACGGCGGUGGUGGACAGCCCCAGUAUGGUGAGGGCCAGUACGGCCAGCAGCACCAGGGUGGUCAGCAGUACGGCCAGGACCAGCGUGGCGAAUACAACCAGGGUGCCCCCGGCGGAGCCCAGGAGGGUGAGCGUGGCCUCGGUGGUGCCAUUGCCGGUGGUCUUGCGGGCGGAUUUGCCGGUCACAAGGCCGAUCACGGAAUCCUCGGAACCAUCGGUGGAGCUAUCAUGGGAAGCAUCGCCGAGGAUGCCAUCAAGAAGCACAAGCACAAGGAUGAGCAGCAGCAGGACUACCAGAGCAGCUAUGGUGGUUACCCCCCUCAGGGUGGCCAGUCCCACCACGGCGGCGGUGGCAUGAUGGACCAGCUCGGCGGCUUCUUCAAGCGAUAGACGGUUCUCCUUCUCUCCUAAACCGAUUGCUUUCUUCCUGCUUAUUCUUACGAAUUUCCUUGCGACUACCGUGAAUGACUGAAAUUUCGACUUUUGCUUCGUUCGGCCGGCCGGGUUUUGGAUGAAGAAUUAUUGAAUCGCUUUUUCUACAUUUUCUUCUCAUUGCUAUUACUGAGAUCGCUUUGCUUGUUACACAUACCCGGCGCGGAUGAAAUUCUUAAUCUUGAUACCAACGCUGUAUUCCAGUCUACAUAGCUCUUCUGUGGUUACGUUACGAAGAAUCAUACAGUCUUUGGCCUCAUUUACUUUUGGCUCCUGAGCAG